UCAACAAGAGCAGACAACUGCGCGGCAAAACGGCACAUAACAAAAAGAAACAAACGUUCAGCGUUGUAGACUAUAAAGUAAAAGAAAAUCAUAAGAAACGAAACAAAUUGAAAUUCGUUGUAAAAACAAAGUAAACAACAACACAAAGAAGAGGCAAAACAAAAGAAAAUUCGCGGCAAAAAACAAACAAAAGAAAUAUUUUACACUCAACGACCGUUACGGAAUUUAAAUUUGAAAAACAAGUGAUUGUUGUUAGAUUAAGGAGGUUUUUUUUUCAAUCAAAGAAAAAUUAUCUUUACAAUAAAAGAAAAUUAUCUUGGCCAAGAGGCGGCACAUUUUUCCCCCAAGUGUUUUGUGUUUUACAUUUGCCGUGUGGUUAUCAAUCCAUUUGAGUCUAAUAUUGGUGUAACAAUAACAAAAGUGUGUUAAAAGUUUUUUUUUUAUUUUCAACAAGGAGUAUAAAAAAGUAAAAGAGCAGAGGAAAAAUAUUAGAAAAAAAUCGGAAAAGCUAUGAAAAUCCUAAGCACCAGCACCAAUGGCAUCCAUGGCCAUCGUCGCUGUGGAAAAUCAUUAAAGAAAAGUGAAAUUAUCUAUCGUGUGUUUGGCCGCUUUGGUGGUGGCCUUUGGCCAUUUGCCGUUAUUUUGUAUGCGUUACUCGUGCUGCAGCUACUCGCAAGUUCAAUGGCUUUUACCAUACUUUCGCCCUUUACUAGCUAUACCUCGCUGAGUCUAAAGAAUCUUCUGAACAGUGUCUUAUUAUCGAGUAAUGGAAAUUUGGCGGGUGGUGGACGUAAUCUUAAGUCGGAUGUCCUCGAAGAUGCAUCAUUGAUAACGCCCAAACUAAUACGCAAAUAUGGCUAUUCCUCGGAAACGCAUACCGUUGUAACGAAGGAUGGUUACAUACUGGAGAUGCAUCGAAUACCAAAGAAAGGGGCCCAGCCGGUGCUGUUGAUGCAUGGCAUAUUGGACACCUCAGCGACCUGGGUGCUCAUGGGUCCCAAGUCUGGUUUGGGUUAUAUGUUAUCGGAUUUGGGCUAUGAUGUCUGGAUGGGUAAUGCACGAGGAAAUCGCUACUCGAAAAAUCACACAAGUUUGAAUAGUGACUAUAUGGAAUUUUGGGAUUUUACCUUUCAUGAGAUGGGCAAAUAUGAUUUGCCUGCCAAUAUCGAUUAUAUUCUCUCCAAAACGGGCUAUGAUCAGCUACACUACAUAGGUCACUCUCAGGGCACUGCUGUCUUUUGGGUCUUGUGUUCGGAGCAACCUCAAUAUGCCCAAAAGAUAUUGUCAAUGCAUGCCUUGGCGCCCAUUGCUUAUAUUGCCGAUAUGAAGAGUCCUUUGUUUAGAACAUUGGUGCUGUUCCUGGAUUUUCUGACGGCUGCCACUCGCAUGUUACGCAUCACCGAAUUUAUGCCGAAUACCAAAUUUCUUGUUGAUCAGACACAGGUUGUUUGCCACGACAAUGCCAUGACACAGGAUGUGUGCUCUAAUAUACUAUUCUUGGUUGCUGGUUACAAUUCGGAACAGUUGAAUAAGACCAUGUUACCCGUCAUGUUGAGUCACACACCCUCGGGUGCAUCGAUCAAACAGCUGGAACAUUUUGGUCAACUAAUGAAGUCGGGGCAUUUUAGCAAAUUCGAUCGCGGAUAUUUACGCAAUCAGUUGGAAUAUAAUCGUAUGACACCACCCGACUAUGAUUUGUCCAGGGUCAAAGUGCCCGUGGCCCUCUACUAUUCCAUGAAUGAUAUGCUGGUAUCGACGACGGGCGUUGAUCGUCUGGCACGUGAGCUGCCACAUGUUAUUGACAAAUAUUUGGUGCCAAUGGAAAAAUUCAAUCAUUUGGAUUUCCUAUGGGCCAUUGAUGUGAAGACACUCGUCUAUAAUCGUCUGGUGCGGAAUAUAAGACGAGUGGAGAAUUUUAAAAUGAAACAUGCGCAAAAUGUGGCCGCUGCCCAUUUACAACAGCAAUUACAGCAGCAACAACAACAACAACAAUAUCACCAGCAGCAGCAACAACACCAGCAGCAGCCACAACCACAACAACACAAACAGCAACAACAUCAACCCCAGCGUCUAGACUCUUUUAACACUCAAUAUACCCAAACGCCAACGCUGCAGCUACCGCCUGGUCAAUCAGCCGCUGUGGGUGGCUCUGCUGCUGUUGCUGACAAACCACCUGUAAUAAUUCAUGCUCCCACCGAAACGACAGCCUUCCAUCAGAGUGUGAAUAAUUUGGCCGCAACUGCUGCAGCUAAAGUUAAGCCAAACACGUGAAAUUACCCAAAAUUCACGGAAGUAUUGUUGACAAAGCCAAAAUAUGCCCGUUGGUCGUCUAAUGGAACCCAGGAAGGAAAUCAUCAAUGUCGAUUUUGAUUUUCCUUCCAAAUGACUUGGUUUGAAUGUUUUUGCUAUACAUUUUGUUGACAUGAUUUUGAUUUGUUUUUGUUUUAUAAAAAUAACGUAUUGACUGUGAUGACAACUCUGUGCUCUGCUAUCCGUCUUCUGUAUCCGUUUUUUUCAUUGGCUGACACUGUACUCGUCUAUAAGGAACGAUGCUAUUCGCACAUCCGUCCAAAUGAUAUUCCUGCAUCUCUAUAUGGGUUGAAUGAUAUCCUGCACCUAAUCUGAAAUAGUACAUUCGGUUAUCCUCCCUUAGACUCUCUACCCUAUUUAUGCGCUUCAUGCUUUUCUACCCCAACUCUAACAUUUUCAUUAAUUUAUAUUAAAAACAAAAGAAACAAAAAAACAUUGAAUGUAUUUUUAUAUGUACAAACAAAAAACUAUUUUAAGUUUUCGAUAUAUAUUUUUUUUUAGUAAUUUGUAUAAGUAUAAGUUUUUAAAACCAUAGAAAGUUUGUUUUGCAAAACGAACCUUUGAAGCUUUGUGUUAGUUAGUAAAUAGUUGUAAAAGAAACUUCCAUUUUCCAUAUUUUGUAAAUUUACACACACAAAUCCUUUUGCAAUAAAAUGAUGAAAAACGAAGCCCCAAUUUUCAUAUGGCAAUGCCAAAAUAGGAAAUUUAACGGGAAAUUUUGUUUUUACCAAAAAAUUUUUCUUACAGAAA